GUGCCCCUUGCAUAUACACUGCACGCUAUUCUUUAUUCUUUCUUCUCCACAGCCUCCAGGCGUGACCACCCAGUUCCGGCUCCCUCACCGCCAGUUCCGGCUUCAAGUUGCGGCUGCUGCUGUUCGUUCAUUACAACAUCGCACCCCAGUUCCGGCUGCUGCUGCUCCCUCAUCCCCUGCUCGACCACUACCACACUAGAUUAUCUUCGAAAUAAACUCAAAAAAUGGCUUGCAUUUCACAUACUUUUGGAGCUUCCAUGAAAAUCGGUCAGCUGCCAGUAGCCACUCAGAGGCAGUUUCCAAACAAACUUUCUCAACUCUUGUUCUUGCAUCCUAAGAACCUUAGAUCAUUAAAGUUGUGUGAUUCCCAGAGUUAUAACCGUUUAAACCGCUAUCAAUCCUACACCGCUAUUUUCAACAGUCUUUCUUCAGAUCAUGCCAAUUCCGACGAAAGAAUUUCUGUAUUGGUGAUUGGUGGUGGUGGAAGAGAACAUUCACUCUGUUACGCAUUGAAACGCUCUCAAUCCUGUGAUGCUGUCUUUUGUGCGCCUGGAAAUGCUGGUAUUUCCAACUCCGGUGACGCCACAUGUAUCGAAGACCUUGAUAUAUUCGACAGCUCAGCGGUGAUAGCUUUUUGCCGUAAAUGGGAAAUUGGACUUGUUGUGGUGGGUCCAGAAGCUCCUCUGGUUUCGGGCCUUACAAAUGAUCUUCUGAAAGCUGGCAUACACGCUUUCGGUCCGUCAUCAGAAGCCGCUGCUUUGGAAGGUUCCAAGAAUUUUAUGAAAAGCAUAUGUGAUAAAUACGGAAUUCCAACUGCCAAGUACGAAACAUUUACCGACCCGUUAGCGGCAAAGAAGUAUAUCAACGAACAAGGGGCUCCGAUUGUUGUUAAAGCAGACGGGCUGGCUGCAGGAAAAGGUGUAAUUGUUGCUACGACACUACAAGAAGCGUUUGAAGCAGUGGAUUCGAUUCUCGUAAACGGGUCGUUUGGGAAAGCGGGUUCGUCCAUAAUCGUAGAGGAGUUUUUGGAAGGUGAAGAAGCAUCGUUUUUUGCGAUUGUUGAUGGUGAAAACGCCCUGCCUUUGGAAUCUGCACAAGAUCAUAAACGGGUCGGUGAUGGGGAUACGGGUCCGAACACGGGUGGGAUGGGUGCGUACUGUCCCGCACCUGUUUUGACACAAGAACUUCAAUCAUUGGUUAUGAGCUCGAUAAUUCUUCCCACUGUAACAGGGAUGGCAAAAGAGGGCUGCAAGUUUGUGGGAGUUUUGUAUGCUGGACUUAUGAUUGAGAAGAAAUCGGGAUUACCGAAAUUAAUCGAGUACAAUGUGCGUUUUGGAGAUCCAGAAUGCCAGGUGUUGAUGGUUCGUUUGGAGUCUGAUCUAGCACAAGUCCUGCUUGCUGCGUGUAAAGGUGAACUAAACACGGUGAGUCUGGAAUGGGCCCCUGGUUCAGCCAUGGUUGUGGUGAUGGCAAGCAAUGGCUACCCUGGAAGCUAUGUAAAAGGGACCAAGAUUCAAAACUUAGAAGAAGCUGAGGCGGCGGCUCCUGGUGUUAAAAUAUUUCAUGCAGGGACAGCUGUUGAUGCAGAUGGUGAUUAUGUUGCAAAUGGCGGUCGGGUUUUGGGUGUCACUGCAAAGGGGAAAGAUCUUGAAGAAGCAAGAGAUCGAGCUUACAGAGCCGUUGAAGAGAUCAAAUGGGAUGGCGGGUUUUACCGGAAAGAUAUUGGUUGGAGAGCUCUUCCAUUGAAACAAAAAUCCUCAACAUGUUGAGUUUUUUUUCCCUUUUUCGGGCGUGUGUAAUAGCAAGAAGCUUAUCUCAGUUUUGGUAUAUUUACGGGUUCAAAUAAGUUUACCAUGAUCGCGUUGGUGUUGUUUUCGUAACAAGGGUCGACAUUGUAGAACAUUAAGAGAUCAUACCAACUCCUUGAUUACUUUGUACCAAAUUGAUUAAUGAUCCUCAUUACAAACUUCAGUCCUUGUCUUCAUACAGUUUCUAAUGUAUGCUCAUAUAUAGAGA